UUUUAUCAGUAUAAGGUGUGUAGUCAUCAUAAAGAAAUGCUAGCCAUGACUAUUGUUCUUUCUCCUCCCCCAUGCAGGGUAUAUUUUGAACUCAUUUGAAACCUCUGGAAGCCAGUUGGGACAUCACCAAAUACACCCCAGCACAGGACCUUAUCUGAGUCCCCACACUCUCCUCCCUACUGACGGUCAGGCCCUGGGAUGGCUGAUACCUCCAAUCUCCCUGGAGACAGCUGGUCACAUUGCAGGGAGGCAGGGGUGGCAUCAUCACUCUGGGACCCAGUCUCCCUCUUGUCCCCCAAAGAAGACUGAUCUCUUCCCAUAGCUGACAGCUGAGAUGCCAACACACUCCUCCACUGUGAGGGUCUCUGGAUGGACAGAAAGCAACAGCAAGCCCCAGGCCAGGAUCAUUGGUCCAGACAGUAACUGAGGCCAUCUCUGGAAUGCUGUGAGCCCCUCUGCCUCUUUUCCUCCCCUCCUCUGCCUUUUCUCCAUUUCUGCUAUUGGCAGGUGUGUGUCUGUUCCCAAGAGAGCAGGAAAACAGAACCCUGGCACCAGAGAUGCAAGUGGGUGCCUUGUCUGAGUGUGUGUGACUAUGUUUGUGUCCGUGGUGUGCACAUGUGAGUGUGUGUGUUCUGUGCCCUUGCUGCUCUCCCAAUCCUUCCACCUUAAUCAAGCAGAGAGAGUGACCUUGAGGAGUGCACAGGGCCAGCAGAACCAGCAUGGCCUCAGCUGCCUCUGUGACCAACCUGGUAGAUGAGGUCAACUGCCCCAUCUGCCAAGGCACUCUGAGGGAACCUGUCACCAUCGACUGUGGCCACAACUUCUGCAGGGGCUGCCUCACUCGCUACUGUGAGAUCCCAGGUUCAGAAUCCGAGGAGUCCCUCACCUGUCCGCUCUGCAAAGAGCCUUUCCGUCAGGGGAGUUUCCGGCCUAACUGGCAGCUGGCCAAUGUGGUGGAAAACAUCGAGCGCCUCAGGCUGGUAGCCACGCUGGGCCCAGAGGAGGAGGACGUCUGCCAGGAGCACGGCGAGAAGGUCUACUUCUUCUGCGAGGAUGAUGAGGCGCAGUUGUGUGUGGUGUGUCGCGAAGCCGGGGAGCACAGGGUUCACACUGUGCGCUUCUUGGAGGAUGCUGCAGGUCCCUACCGGGAACAAAUACAGAAGUGUCUUAGAAAUCUAAGAAAGGAGAGAGAGGAGAUUCAAGAAAUCCAAUCAAGAGAAAAUAAAAGGAUACAAGUCCUCCUGACUCAGGUGGCCACCAAGAGACAACAGGUGAUUUCUGAGUUUGCACAUCUGAGCCAGUUCCUGGAGGAACAGCAGAGUACACUCUUAGAGCAACUGGAGAGGCUAGAUGGUGACAUCUUGAAGCAACAGGAAGAGUUUGAUUCCCUGGUUGCUGGGGAGAUCUGCCGGUUUAGUGCCCUGAUUGAAGAGCUGGAGGAGAAGAGCGAGAGGCCAGCAAAGGAGCUCCUGACGGAUAUCAGAAGCACUCUAAUAAGAUGUGAAACCAGAAAGUGUCGAAAACCAGAGGCUGUGUCCCCUGAGCUGGGCCAGAGGAUUCGGAACUUCCCCCAACAAGCCCUCCCAUUGCAGAAGGAGAUGAAGAUGUUCCUGGAAAAACUCUGCUUUGAGUUGGACUAUGAGCCAGCUCACAUCUCUCUAGACCCCGAGACUUCCCACCCCAAGCUCCUCUUGUCUGAGGACCACCAACGGGCUCAGUUCUCCUACAAAUGGCAGAAUUCACCAGAAAGCCCCCAGCGUUUUGACCGGGCCACCUGUGUCCUAGCCCACAGUGGCUUCACAGGCGGGAGACACACAUGGGUGGUGAGCGUGGACUUGGCCCACGGGGGCAGCUGCACUGUGGGUGUGGUGAGUGAGGAUGUUCGGCGUAAGGGGGAGCUGCGGCUUCGCCCAGAGGAGGGCGUGUGGGCUCUGAGGCUGGCCUGGGGCUUUGUCUCUGCCCUAGCCUCCUUCCCCGCAAGACUGGCCCUGGAGGAGCAGCUUCGGCAGGUGCGGGUAUCUCUUGACUACGAGGUGGGCUGGGUGACCUUUGCCAAUGCUGUCACUCAUGAGCACAUCUACACCUUCACUGCCUCCUUCACUGGGAAGGUCUUUCCCUUCUUUGGGCUCUGGGGCCGAGGGUCCAGUUUCUCUCUGAGCUACUGAGAGGGUGAAAUUACCCUCCUCCAAAUACAAGACUCAAAUCAAGUAUCAUGUGAACUUGAUCUCUGGCUGAGUCAUUUCGAAGAUUUGGAAUAGAAAUGGCUUCUUUAGAUAUGAUGGUAAGGGACAAGAUGAGAUGAACUUUAAUCCACUGAUCAAGGUUUUCCCCAAGUGACCAGUGGAUGGUCAGGGUAUCUGGGAACUCCAUUGCUGCAAACUCUCCUCACCACCAUCAGUCACAGAAGUAGCAAUAUACAGAAAGAGCACUGGAUUUGGAGCCAGAAGACCUGAGUUCAAGACCAAGCUUAGUAACCAACCAAUUGUAUGAGUUCAAGCAGGACCCCCAGCUCUCUUCAUCUUGUCUUCUUAACAAAAAAUGUUAGAGUUCAUUUAUUCAUAUUCUCAAGGAACAUUUAUUGUGGGCUAACUAUGAACCAAAAAGUGUAGGCAGCCACUGACUAUUUGAUAUAAAAAUUUUAAAAAAGGGCUGGGGAUGUGACUCAAGCGGUAGCGCGCUCGCCUGGUGUGCGUGCGGCCCAGUUUCGAUCCU